UCAUAUCUAAGCGGUUUCCUCAUAGAGGAGGAAACGCAACCACACUUCUUUCUGAAGUUAUAGAAACAAAAUGCUUCAAAUUAAAUUGAUAAUAAUGUCUUUUAGCUAAAAGAAUAAAAGACAACAGAUGGAGUUACUGCUGGGGACAUUGUGGCUGCUUUUGGCCCAAAGUGUCGCUGCCUGUUCACAUCAGGAGUUUACCUGCGGUGAGGGACUUUGUGUGGCUUUAGACACCGUCUGUGACUUCACCGAAGACUGUGGAGAUGGCAGCGAUGAAGAAAAUUGUUCUACAUAUACAAGAUGUGAUUUCGAAGAUGGUUUCUGUGAUCUGAUUCAAAGCCCGGAAACCCCCUUCAGAUGGAACAGAACAAAUGAGGCCUCAGCUCUUAAACAGGAUCACAGAAACACCUCAGCCCACUUUCUGACCCUUUCACCUGUUGGAGAAAAUGAGACCACUGCAUCCCUGAUGAGUCCACUCUUCCUGCGUACUCACAACUGCCAGAUAAGUUUCUACCAUCAUGUUGGAGCAGCACAUGGAAAUCUUCAGAUUCUUCUUCAGUCCCAUUCAGACAGUCAAAGCACCGAAGUCUGGAAACACUCCACACAGACGGAAACAUGGUUGUGGGCAGUUGUUCCCUUCUACAGCAAUCAAAGCUUUCAGGUGGUAAUUCGAGGGGAGCUUUCAGCCAGAAGUCAGGCCUCUGAGAUCUUAGCAAUUGAUGAUUUAUCUUUCAGUCCCGGAUGCACGGUUCUGCAUGAGGGCAGCAUUCCCAGUCCUCCUCUGUGCCCUCCCUCAUGGUUCGCCUGUGAUGGAGGGGAGUGUAUCGAGGAGAGCAAAGUGUGUGACUUCACAACACACUGUCCCAAUGGAGAGGAUGAAGCCAGCUGCCCCUCUGAAUGUAACUUUGAAAACGGUUUAUGCGGCUGGUAUGAGCUCACUCCUGGAGAUGGUUUUGACUGGAUCAGAGGCUCAUCUGACAAUGUACCACCAGACUACUAUGAUCACCCACCACUACUGGACCACACCACUAACGACACUAACGGUCAUUUCAUGUUUGUUCUGAAAAACAGCAGCAGUCUCUAUCCAAAAGCUGUUCUCAGAGGUCCCUGGUUUAAACAAUCAGCCUCAAGAUGCACAGUGACUUUUUGGCACUAUAACUCGGGUGUAUCUGUGGGGGCUGCUGAAAUGUCCAUUCGAUUCAAAGGAACUGAAAACACAACUGUCAUUUGGACGACCCUUUACGAUCAAGGACGACGGUGGAACCAGGUUACCGUUCAGCUGGGCCGCAUCACCGAGCCCUUCCAGAUUGCUCUGGCUAAAAUCAGCCUCGGUGUGUUCGAUGGCAUCUCUGCUUUUGAUGAUAUCUCCUUCAAAGACUGUUCGAUGCCACCGGCAGUGGCUGUUUGUCCUGAGCCCACACAUUUUCAUUGUGUGCACACCAAAGCAUGCGUGGAGCGCCUGUUUCUCUGUGACCUUGUGGAUGACUGUGGGGAUGGAUCAGAUGAAGAAGGAUGUUCUCCAGAAAUUCAGUGUGACUUUGAAGAGGGACUAUGCAACUGGAAGCAGGAAACAAGCGGAGAGGACGUGUUUGACUGGACCCGCAUGCAAGGUCCAACUCCGACCUUGAACACAGGCCCCUGGAAGGACCACACUCUCGGGAAUGUGUCAGGCCACUACCUCUACAUUGAGUCUUCCACCCCCCGGGAGUUUAACGACAAAGCUGUGCUUCUGAGCCCAGUCUUUGAACCUACCUUCCAGCCAGGAGAGGAUACGGAUUCGUCCAGCCUCCAUCGAUGUGCCUUUCGCUUCCAUUACUGCAUGUUUGGGUCACAUGUGUUCAGCCUGGCAGUGUACCUGAGGACCACUGCCACAGGCCGUGGCCUGCUGCUCUGGGUAAAAUAUGGAAACCAAGGAAAUGUAUGGCACAGGAGGACUCUCUACCUGCACAGUGCUCAACCUUUCCAGAUAUUAAUUGAAGGCACAGUUGGAGAUGAUUUUGAAGGAGACAUUGCAAUUGAUGAUCUUUCCUUUCUGGACUGUCACCUGUUUGAUGGAGAGCUGCCCUCAGUCAUCACCCCUACACUGACCACUCCAACCCCCACGUUUAUACCCCACAGCUGCCCUGCGGGGCAGUUUGUAUGUGGAACGUACGGAGAGUGUAUUCUUCUCAACCAAGUGUGCGACUUCAAAAAUGACUGCUCUGAUGGAUUAGAUGAAACAAACUGUGUAAAGGAAAAGUGUGAUUUUGAAGGGGGGGAUACUUGCGGCUGGAAGGUCGUCAGCAAUUCUUUCAGUGUAAGCCAUGCAUUUCGCUGGGCGGCUGACCAGGGGGAAAGCAUUCAUGAUGGAGAGCAGAACCACCGUCCAACAAAUGACCACACUCUUAACAUCCCUAAGGGUUGGUAUAUGUAUGCAGACAGCUCAAACGGUGCCUAUGGUCAGAUCUCUGAUCUCCAAACACCAGUCAUCUCCUCCACUGGACCCCAGUGUACUCUGAUGUUCUGGUAUCACAUGAGUGGAUUCACUGUUGGAACCCUGCAAGUGCUGCUCAGGCACAAAAACACGAGCCAUGUGGUUUGGUCUCAAACUGGUAACCAAGGCAACAGAUGGAGACCGGCUGAAGUGUUUUUGGGGUUAUUAAAUGAUUUUCAGGUUGUGUUCAGGACAAAACGAGGGAUCAGCUACAUGGGGGAUGUAGUGAUAGAUGAUGUCAGCUUCCCGAAUUGCUCUCCUCUUCUUCCAUCAGACCAGCCGUGCACACCAGAGCAGUUUGCUUGCUCUAAUGGCCACUGCAUCCCUAAGGACAAUUUGUGUGACUUCAUUAACCACUGCGGGGACAAUUCAGAUGAGGACCUUUUCAUCUGCAAGGGCUUCAGCGGACGCUGCAAUUUUGAAUUUGACCUCUGUUCUUGGCAACAGUGCCAAGAGGAUGACUUUGAUUGGCGGAUCAAAGCAGGCAGCACCCCGACUAUUGGGACGGGACCAUCCAGUGACCACACUCUGAGAGAUCCAUCUGGACACUACCUCUACCUGGAGAGCUCAUUCCCUCAGGCAGUGGGUGACACGGCCCGGUUAAUUGGACCCUUACUGAGCAGAAGGAGUUCACAGUGCAAGAUGCGUUUCUACUAUCACAUGUCUGGAGAUGGUGUUGGGACGCUCAGUGUUUUUACUAAAACUGAGGGAGUUUUUCACCUCCUGCUGAACCUGACAGGAGAUCAGGGUAACUACUGGAAAAUGAAAGAGCUCCAGCUGAGGUCCUCCACAGACUUUCAGGUCGUGUUUGAAGGCAAGGUUGGGCGCAGUGAAAAGGGGGACAUCUGCCUGGACGACAUCUCCUUCUCUCUAGGAUGCCUCCUCUCCCCUUCAGCCUCCAUAACACACAGCACUCCUCCUCCGUCUGUUCCUCCAACAGGGUUCUGUCCACCAGGCGCAUCUGUUUGUGGAAAAGGCCAGUGUUUCACACCAGAGCAGAGGUGUGACUUUGAGGAUGAUUGUGGCGAUGGUACGGAUGAGAAAGACUGUGGCACCUCCUGCUCUUUUGAGAACGGCCUCUGUGGCUGGAAGAGCUCACUGGCUGAUAACUUUGAGUGGGCACUUGGUACCGGAUGUGUACAAAGUAUACGGCCACCAUUCGAUCACACGCUGCAGGAUGAAAACGGCCAUUUUGUGUAUUUGGAGGCGACGCCGGUGGGACUGAAAGGCGACAGAGUUCACAUCAAGAGUUCGGUUUGGAAAGAAUCAAGUGCUAUCUGCAAGCUGUCCUUUUGGUACUAUCUUUCCGAUAAGGCCUCAGGGACCAUCCGGCUACUGAUCAAGACUGAGAACAGCAUAAUUGAGAUGUGGAAUAAGACGGGGCAUAAAGGGAACCAUUGGAACCAAGUUGUGGUCCCCCUAAGGAAGCUCAGGAACUUUGAGGUGAUUUUCGAGGGGAUCCGCUCCAAAGAUCUGAGCGGAGGAGCCGCCCUGGACGACAUGGAAUACAUCGACUGCGCUCCGAGCACUGUGGAGCCUGGUGACUGUCCUAAACUCACAGACUUUGUGUGUCAAAAUGGUCAUUGCAUAGAGUCCCACUUGGUGUGCGACAAUAAGGCAGACUGUGCUGAUGGAUCGGAUGAGUGGGACUGCGCUCACAUAUUUGGCUCACCGGGUGCUUGUAACUUCAACAUGAAGGAGGACAGGUGGGAGCAGAGAUGCCAGCUUUCUCAGGACGGCGAUGACGACUUUGAUUGGAUGAUCGGCCACAAGACAGAGACAGGAGCUGGACCACAAUCUGACCACAGUCCAGAUGGAGGGGGGAAAUUUCUGUAUAUACACUCAGCCCCACAGAGGGAGGGGGAUGUUGCCAAGGUGACCACAAUGAACCCCUUCCCUGCCAGCAUUGGUCUAUGUCGCCUCCGCUUUUGGUUCUUCAUGAACGGCUCUCACAGGAUGGGAACUUUGAAGGUAUAUACAGUCGGAUCUGGUGGGGCACCUUUGCUUAUGUGGGCCGCUACUGGAAACCAUGGAAACCAGUGGACAUACGCCAACAUCCUUUUGUCCAACACAGAAGAUUUCAGAGUUACCUUCGAGGGGGAAGUUGGUGGAGACAUGUGGACAGACAUUGCCCUGGAUGACAUUUCAUACACGGCAGAGUGUAUGGUUGGAGGACCAGUAACUCCACAGCCGAUGACCUGUGACCCUGAGCAGUUCCAGUGUGCAUACUCCUUCCAGUGCAUUUCAAAGAGCUGGUGGUGUGACGGGUUGCCGGACUGUGCAGAUCAGUCUGAUGAAGAGCUCUGCCCAACAGCCCUGCCGGGGACCGUCCCGCCUCAGGACGGCUGUCCUGCUGAGAGUUUUCAGUGUUCAGACUUCAGCUGCCUCCCUGCCUUACUGCGCUGUGAUGGGGUCUAUGACUGUCCAAAUGGAGAGGAUGAACACAGCUGCCCGUUGCUGCAGUGUGAGCCUGGAGAGCUUGUAUGUGAGAGCUGGCCCGGUUGUAUUCCGCUUUACAUGCGAUGUGACCGCUCCCCCGACUGUCUCCCGUUCCACUCAGAUGAGUCCAGCUGCCAUGAAUGCCCACCAAAGUACUGCCAGGAUCAUGGUUUUUGCCAUAUUAAGGAACACGGACCUGUCUGCUUGUGUGAGCCUGGAUGGUCGGGCAAUCGCUGCCAUGUAAGGGAGAAACCAUCUCUCACCACUUCAUCCCCAACUCUAGAAUCAACACAGCUCGAUUCUGUGUAUGCAGGCAUCGGCAUUGGGUUAGUGCUGCUCCUAGCUGGAGUUGCCGUUUGCUUCCUCGCCCUGUGCAAGAGAAAAUGUGGCCUUAUAAAAGAUGACCCAAUGAAAUAUGGCAUGAUGGAUAAUCCAAGCUUUGACUGGGGAGCAGAGCUCCCAUCAGAGGACAAACGUCCAGACGGUUGUCCCAACAUUAACCCCAAAAGGAGUAAUGGUCCUGGGCUUUCAAUCAGUGUCUACCCCUGGAGAAGAGAGCUGGAGCAGGGUUCAAACUGGAAAGAUGCCAAGCUAUCCUUCUCCAACCCAUUGUACAAUUACCCCAGUGACACUAAUGGCGCUGGCAACAGAGCCUCUGAAGAAUAAAAUCAAUGGACUUGAUGGAUUGGUUUUUUGGGGACAUGUUUGCUGAUGGCAGAGUGUUGAUCUGAAUUAAGGAGAGAAAAACUCACCCAUGUCACAUAGAUCUGAACCUGUACAUCACUCAUUUUGAAAAUGAUGAAGAUAAUUCCUAAAAUAUCUCAACAAAUGUUUUUAUUUUGUAAAUAUAUUUGUGACCAUGUAUUACAAACACAACAAGUAUGUGUUUUGAUAUUGUAACCAGACUAAAUAAAUAGCAUUAAGUCAUUCCUACUGCUCUUGCUGCCCCAUUGAAAUAAAGGAUUAUCUUAACACUAGUGUCGAUAUAGAACACAUCCAGAAUACUUUUCUAAUUUACAGUUAUAUACAGAGCUUGACUUCUGUCCAGACUUCAUUUCAGCUGGUCAUGACAGCAAGGAGACAUUUGAACUAAUUCAAAUCACUAGGCAAGGAUACAAACCUUUGAGAACAUUACUGUGCAAUAAUUUCAUUUUCAUUACACCUGCCUGUAUCUGUGCACAUCAAUAGACUGAACUUUUUUUCCCCUCUGAAACUGUAUAACUGGGAGAUCAUCUGUGAACAUAUAUGCUAAACAUUUUGCAACAUUGCCAAAUUAGAUUUAAGUUUGGACUUCAACUUAAGCAUUAUAACACUUAACAAUUAUUUCAAGUAGAAGUAAUAAUCAAUUACUUGUAGCUUUGCCUGUUUUUUUUUUUUUUUUUUUUUUUUUUUUUUUUAUUGGGUCAUCGAUCAUCCUAAACCCCAGUUUCAAGUCUUUUCCAGCCUCUAAAAUUGUCUUGUUCCUUUGGCAAAGUGUCUCACUUACCUCCUCAAUUAAAAAAAAAAAAUGAAUUAUUGCGAAUUCAUGUUUUGCGGUUUAUUGAAGUCUGUCAAUAAUUUAUUUCUGCCUUAGGAAAUGAUAGGAACAAUCAUGUAUAGCUCUAUAGAUGUUAACGUGAUGCAUGGGAGGUUGUCUUUUAGUUCAACAUUAAACAAAAUGUAUUGAUUGUCUGAUGUUUGCCUGUUUCUUGAUCCCUGCAGCGUCCUUGUGAGUGUGUUGAUAGAUUCUAGAAGUUCAAUGUUCACAAUUUUCAUGAAAAUAAACAAUGAAAUGAAAAAUACAA